AUGGUACACGAGGGCACCGGUCUAUGGCACGACGCUGGAUUCGGCGUAUCGAGGUGGCUGAUGAUCAUAAUACACGGAUACCGGGCCACCACCCUAGUGCUAUUCAUCCUGCUUAACGUGCUGGUGCGAACUGCAGAGUAUCCGACGGCGGUCAACGCCGAGAUAGUGGAGGCGAACGGGAACUCUUUGGAAGUUAGCGUUACUGGGAUGCCGUUGGACGUCGAUCUACCCCCUACCAUGCCGAUGACAUUCGGCACGGAUAAUUCGACGGUGAUCUCCGCGCAAUCUGGAUCCACCGCGUUGCUGCCAUGCGUCGUUCGUAAUCUCGGGGAUGGAAUGGUGUCGUGGAUCAAACGGAAGAACGUUCAGGAGUUACUGACCGUCGGGUUGACUACGUACGCGAACGACGAGCGGUUCCAGGCAAUUCAUUUCCUCCACAGCGAGGAUUGGACUCUUCAAAUAAAAUACGUUCAACCGAGGGACGCCGGAUUGUACCAGUGCCAAGUGUCCACCCAUCCGCCCACCAGUAUAUUUCUGUUCCUCGUGGUUGUCGAGGCGAGAGCAGAGAUAGCCGGCCCCUCGGAGAAGUUCGUGAGGCCAGGUAGCACCCUGCAGCUACACUGUCUCGUGGAAAAUUCGACCGAGACCCCCUCCUAUCUGUUCUGGUACCAUAACUUCCGGAUGAUCAACUACGACGUCGAGCAAGGGGUCAAUGUCAGUACCGAUCUGAUCGGCAGGGAGAGCUGGCUGGAGGUACCGCGUGCCUCCGAUCGUCAUUCCGGGAAUUACACCUGCGAGGCGAGCAAUGCGCAACCGGCCCGUGUCCUCGUUCACGUGUUCAAGGGAGAUAAUCCAGCGGCCAUGCAGCACAGCAUCGCGUCAUCCCCAUCCGUCAUGGCGUGCACCGCGCUAUUGAUGAUGUUCACCACGUUGAAGCUUGUGCUACACUCGACCACCAUCAACUGA